CACUUUACUACUUUUUCUUUUGCCUUGAACAGUGCUCCCAGUGUUGUUUACUACUAAACCUUCCAUAACACUACACCUUCUUGUCUCUUUUACUUUCUUUGCCUGUUUCAGAAAAGGUUCAUGCUUGAUUAACUUGCAGAACAUUGUCUGUGGGGUCUCCUACUUAAAUGGGUUUCCCUCAAGCUUAGAGCUUUCACAUCUUCCAUGUGUGAGCAUUCUGUUCUCUGAUCAAGAACAACAACAACAACAACAAUGUUGAGGAAAUGGGUUUCUUUGGUUCUGAUCUUUGUGAUUCUCUCUGGGGACUUUUCAUCAGCUUCAGCCACACCUCCUCCUGCAAAAAUUGUAACUGGGAUUGUCUCCAAUGUGGUAUCUGCUCUUGUUAAAUGGCUCUGGUCACUGAAAUCCACCACCAAAACCAGCACAGCGGUUUCUGGCCGUUCAAUGGUGAAAUUUGAGGGUGGAUAUACUGUAGAUACGGUUUUCGAUGGAAGUAAGCUUGGGAUUGAACCGCACUCCAUUGAAGUAUCCCCAAGUGGAGAGCUUCUGGUUUUGGAUUCUGAAAAUAGUAACAUCUACAGGAUUUCAACACCAUUAUCUAAAUAUAGCCGACCCAAGCUCAUAGCUGGGUCACCUGAAGGCUACUCGGGGCAUGUAGAUGGGAGGACAAGAGAAGCAAGAAUGAACCACCCCAAAGGAAUGACUAUGGAUGACAGUGGAAAUAUUUAUAUUGCAGACACAAUGAAUAUGGCUAUCAGGAAGAUAAGUGAUGCUGGUGUUACUACUAUUGCUGGUGGAAAAUGGGGCCGAGGAGGUGGUCAUGUUGAUGGUCCAAGUGAAGAUGCAAAGUUUUCUAGUGAUUUUGAUGUGGUUUAUAUUGGAAGUAGCUGCUCUCUUUUGGUUAUAGACAGAGGAAACCAGGCAAUUCGGGAGAUCCAACUCCACUAUGAUGACUGUGCUGACCACCAUGAUGGCAGUUUCCAUUUAGGAGUAGCAGUGCUGCUUGCAGCUGCAUUCUUUGGUUACAUGCUGGCAUUGUUGCAGCGUCGAGUGCAAGCAAUAUUGUCAUCAAAGGAUGACCAAACAACUGCUGCUAUAAAGAGAGCUGCAUCAAUGGCUCAAUACCAGAUGCCUCCUAAAUCUGUUAGGCCCCCUUUAAUUCCCACUGAAUAUGAACCCGAAAAACCAGAUGAUGGCUUCUUUGGUUCACUUGGGAAGAUGUUUCUCAAUACUGGCUCAUCUGUGGGUGAAAUCGUUGGGGGAUUGUUUUCAGGUAGAAGAAAGUCCCUCCAUUAUCAGAUUCAACAGCAGUAUCAUCAAACUCACAGAAGUUCAAAUCCAUGGCCUGUGCAAGACAGCUUUGUGAUUCCAGAUGAUGAGCCUCCUCCACCAUCCAUAGAGGCUAGAACCCCAACUCCAAAGAAAACCUACCCAGUCAUGACUAAAGAACUGGAGAUCCCCCGCCAUUCUAAGCAAAGUCGAGCCUACUAUAAUUCAUGGGAUGGUGAAUAUAACCAACAGCAACAACAUCAGAUGCAAAUGCAGAUGCAGAUGCAGCAACAGCAACAGCAACAGCAACAGCAACAACACCAGAUGCAUUUGCAGAUGCAGCGCCAGCAGCAACAACAGCAGCAGCAGCAGCAUCAUCAUAGGCAUUACUCAUCCAACCCAAAGACAUACUACGAGAGGAGCAGUGAGACUAAUGAGAUUGUGUUUGGGGCGGUUCAAGAACAAGGUGGACGUCGUGAAGCUGUGGUGAUAAAGGCUGUAGACUAUUCUGACCCUACAUAUAAUCACUACAACAUUCGACCACGAGGCAAUUAUACUGAUUAUAGUUCCCCUGGUUAUUGAACAAAACUAUAUCCUUCAUGUUGUAUGGGAGAUGGGAAGAUGAGAUUUUGGGCUUCACUGUGUCUCAUAUCUCCUAAUUUUCUCAAGGUAAUGUUAGUUUUCCUAAGUUUUCAGUAGUUAGAAGGAUGUACAAGUUAUAUUUUGGCAAGUUUUUCCUUUGUUUAGAAAUCCACUAAUCCAGACUCCAGAGAGCCAAGGUAGUGCUGAUUAUAUAGUUCCCAGAGCCAAGGUAGUGCUGAUUAUAUAGCUAUUGAAACAAGAAAUCUCAUGGGCAUGUCCAGUGAAAGUGUACAUCUUUGAUUGUAUCAAACAGAGGCUUGUGCUAAGAAAACAUUAGAAUGUAUAUUCUCCAUCUCCUGAUCAUAACCUGUCUAUACAGCGAAAUCUUU